CCGAGUCAGAGAAAGAGCAUCUAUGGCAACACCGGCGCGCGAGGCUGGAGCAGAGGAACAGGACGAGCAGAAAGAGCUGAGGUGGUCUUGUCUGAGGACGCUGCAGUGACCCAUGGAAGAAUAUCCAGUUAUUUCGCAAUGGCAUUUGCACCUCCAAAAAGCAUAGAUGGCCCCAAAAUGCAGACGAAGAUGAGUACCUGGACACCCCUCAACCAUCAGCUUUUGAAUGACCAGGUAUUUGAAGAAAGAAGAGCUCUGCUUGGAAAAUGGUUCGACAAGUGGACGGACGCGCAGCGGCGGCGGGUGCUCGCGGGGCUGCUGGAGCGCUGCUCCGUGUCCCAGCAGAAGUUCUGCUGCCGCGCGCUGCAGGCGCGCCUCCCCGCAGAAGCGCUGGACUUCACCACCAGGCUCCCCAGGGUGCUGUCUCUGUACAUCUUUUCCUUCCUGGACCCCCGAAGUCUUUGUCGGUGCGCACAGGUGAGCUGGCACUGGAAGAACUUGACCGAGCUGGACCAGCUGUGGAUGGUGAAGUGUCUGCGCUUUAGCUGGUACAUCAAUUUCUCUCCAACCCCCUUCGAGCAGGGCGUGUGGAAGAAGCACUAUAUUCAGAUGGUGAAGGAACUUCACGUCACCAAGCCGAAGACGCCUCCGAAAGAUGGGUUUGUGGUUGCUGAUGUUCAACCAGUGACAAGCAGUUCCCUGGAGGACAAGCAGUCUCCAUUGCCUUUCCGGUCCUUCUCCUCUUUAAGAAAGAAGAACCACCCAGGGGAGAAAGAACUUCCACCCUGGCGGUCCUCGGACAAGCACCCAACGGAUAUCAUUCGCUUCAAUUACCUGGACAACUGUGACCCCACGGAGCCAGCCUGGCAAGGAAGACGGAAAAGACAUGAAAUGACCUCAGAGAAGUCACAAGAUAAGAAAAAUAAGUUGCAGGACAAAUCUAAGCUACGAAAAGCACAGUCACUGACAUCCUUAAGUGCAGAGCCCCAGCCCCUUCUAAAAGUUCGGGCCCGUCUCUCCUGGCAUCCGGGUCAGCUGGCAGGGCGCCCUGCCUCAGCAGCAGCGGGGAGGAUUCUCCACCAGCAUCUGCAGAGACCCCCUGGGCUUCAGUCACUCUCCACCCAGGCCCCAGAGCCGAAGCUGGUGUAAGCCUGUGAGAGGACCUGCUGAGCCGGCGGACGCUCGGCUGCCCUGAGGUUCCUCUGCUGAGACUUUUGUCCCAGUCCCUGCUGUGCCCAAGAACUGCCGUGUUUUACGAGUGGUAUUCAUGCCAUAAAUGCGACCGUGUCCACAGUCUUAGGUAGGUUGCAGUGACCGACACUGCGGGUGGGUGGAGGGACACUCGCUAGCACCCCUGCGGCCCUGGGGGGGCCGCUCUCCGCUGGGUCUUGGCCUCAAGGGUGCGUCCUCACAGCCCUGCUGGCUUAGUGCAUCCGGGCUGCCGCACAGAAAUCCCGCAGCUGGGGUGUAUUUCUCACGGUUCCAUCUGGAAGGCCAAGAUAAAGGUGUGAACCAGCUGCACUGGGGCAGCGUCCACCAACUGGCCCCACUGGACCUCAGGGACCUCUUUGAAGCCAUGUCUCCAAAUACAACUGCAUGCCGAGGUCCCAGGGGUUAGGACUGCAGAGGAAUUUGGGGGACACACCCAGGCCAUGACACACACUCUGGGAGAGUUGGCAGAAUCUGGGUGAAGCACCCGGGAAGUGGCAACAGCGGAAGUCUUCCUCCUCCAUGGCCUGAAGAAGCAAAGGGAAAGAGCAUGUUGGUGCUGGACCCCGUGAGGGCUGUCGCCGGGGAGAGGGACCAGACGGGACGGUGCCCUCACGUGGGGGACAGUGCGGCCACUCUGGAACCCGAGGGAGGAAGAGGGACAAGACCUGCCCUUUCUCCCCACCCCUGGACACUCCGACAGCCCUUCCCUCUGGUCACAUUCAUCUGGAAGGAAGAAGCCUCAGGGGUCCGGGGGCGGGGCGGGGGGACAGCACAAUGAGGAGUCACCAGCGCCAUGGGGACUGGACACGCAGACAGCGUGAAUGGACUCGAAAGAGUGGAAAACAGAGAGUGUUACUUAGCUGCAGAAACAUUAGUCACACAUUCCACACUGAACCACCUCCUCCUGGAACCACCUCCAGGUCCCAGAAGUUACUAUUCCUGGAAGCUUAUUUAUUUAAGUAAAGCUGAGUGAUAGCAAAACAAACAUGCCCAUCGUGUCCUGUGGAAGGCCUUCUACUACGCGGUGUGAUCACAUUUCUGGGAGUGAUUUACAGCGGUGGCUGCUGGGAUGGCCCGGGGCGCAAUGGUUUUGUUGCCAUAGUGACAAACCUGGAAAAUACGUUUGCACCACACUGGCGAAAGCCAAAGCUGGCUCUGAGAGGAGAGAAAACACCUGAGAGAGCCCUAUGUUCCUCCCGUGGGCACGGUGGCUGUGGGGA